AUGCCAACAAACUCUUUUACAAAACUUUUUCUAGCUUCCCUUUGCACUUUUUCAGUUUCUCAAGUUUGGGGAAAGGAAUAUUUCAAUGGAGUUUUAAGUCAAAAACUAUCGGUUUUACUACAAUGCAAUUUCAUAUCUUAUUAUAACGCCAAAGCGGGUGGACCCAACCCAAAUGCAUUUUUAGAUUUCGUUGAAGAACCGGAACAAUUCCAUUGGUUUGUUGAUAAUUAUUUAUCGGUUCCUUUUAAGGUUCCACAACAUUUGAGUUUUAAUAAUGAACAUGACUUUAAGCCUUGUUUAAAAAAAAAAUGGGUACCUGAAUUUUUAAAGGAAUAUGAAGAGCCCGAUAUAAGUUAUUUAGCAAAAACUCUUGAUAAUGAGCAAAGACAUUACUAUAAAGAUACAUUUGGAGAUAUAGAACCCGUUGGUAAAUAUACAAUUUUUGAAGUAAAAGAAUUCGAUUCAUAUUGUAUCCUUCCUCCUUUAGUACAAACAAAUAUAAGAGAUAAAAAUAAUAAAGAAUAUUUAUCAUUUCAAAUGGAUAAAACAGAUUAUCAAAUAUAUUUAGAAGUUGUGGGUAGUAAAUUAUCAUCUAUGAAGCAUUUAUGUGCAAAUAUGGAAUAUAGUGAAAAAAAAGAAAUAGUAAAAGCUAUAACAGAGGGAAAUAAUGAAAAUAGUUUUAAGUUAAUAUGCCCUUCAUAUUAUUUAAAACUUCAUUAUAAUAAGGAAUGCAAGUCAAAAGAUAAUAUUUUAUCAUGUAUAGAUGAUCAUAUUAAGAAUUCAUGUUUAAAUUCAACUAAAGAUGACGAUAAUCCAAAUAUAUGUUACUAUUUAAUAAAUUUAUUCAAUUCUUUAAGAGAUUAUCAAAUUGAAUAUUUUCACAAAUUUUUAACUACAAAUGAAUUAAAUUUGGUUAAACCCAGAGAUCCAUGGGUAAAACCUUUAUUUAAAGUUUAUAGUCGAAAAGAUUUGGGAAAUCCCAAGAAAAACAUAUUACCAGAUGUAUUUAAAGAAUUGGAACCAAAAAAUAAAAUAUAUUUUUCCUUUUCUGCUGGAAUAUCUUCGGAUUCUAAUUAUGUUGACAACACUCAAACAAAUUUUAAAUUGAGCAAAAAAAAAUCUAACAUUUUUGUUGAUGCGUUUCAAAAUGUUUUUUCUAUUUUUAAAAGAAAAUCGCCUUCUAUCUCUUAUGUUUCAGUUAAGGAAUUAUCACAUAAAAUUGGAGAUUUUAGCUUUAAAACGCCUAAAGCACCAAUCAAAUGUACAUCUGUAAAGAAAAGUCUAGACCUUAGCAUAGAAGUUGAUAUUUUUAAAGUGGCAGGUGUAGAAAAUAUUUGUAAUGUUAUUGAAAAAUAUGCUUUAACUAAAGAUAGUGAUUUCAAAAAAGCAUCUAAAGAUAAAAAAUUAGAAAAAUUAGAUCAGAUUCAUAAAGGAUUUCAUAUUGAGUGUAUAUUAAUAUCUACACAUAUAGAAGCAUAUAAUUUAAUUAGACAAUAUUUAAAUUUAGAGAAUGUUUUAUCUUUAGUGAGAUAUACAUCAUUAUAUUUACAUAAAUUUUUUAAGACUGUAACAUCAUUAAAGACACACUUUUUAUAUAACAAUAUGAAUGCUUUAAAAUAUGCAAGGUCAUGUGGAGCCGCAGUUUUACAUAUUCCAUCCGUUUUAUAUAGAAGGAAUUUAUAUGUUCCAGAAACAUUUUUAUCAUUAUAUUUAGGGUUAUCAAAUUUAGUUUUAUCUAACCCGUCUAGUCCGUUUUUUGAGUAUUCUAUAAUGGAUUUUUUCACAUCUUAUUUCAAUAAAGGAUCUAAAAAAUUUAUAUAUUAUUUUAUUUCAGUUAUUUCCAUACUUCAUAUUAAUCGUUAUUAUUAUGAACAAAUUUAUUGCCAUCAUAAUAAAUAUUUUGAAGCAUUAAAAUCUAAAAUGAUUCAUCCUGAGAUAGUUAAUAAUAUUAUAGAAAAAAUUAAAUCGAUAUUAAAUACUUCACGAUAUUCAAAAAUGCUAGAAUUGUAUAAUAAGAUUGAAGACAAUACAUUAUUUGACUAUAACGAAAUGGUUAAAAUAUUAAAAGACUUCGAUAAGUUCGCACAAAAUAAAGAUGUACAAGAAAGGGCUCAACAACAGAUUGAUAAUGAGGAAAAACCUGAGAUAAAAACCCUUGAAGAUAUGGCAAAAUUUAAUGAAGAAUGGAUUCCUAAGUUUGAUCCAACAAGCGUUCCUUAUGAUGAUAAGGAUCAGCCCAAACCAAAUCCAAAUAUUAAAUUCGAUGAAAAUAUAAGAAGUGAUGAUAAUUUGACUUUAGCUGAUAGAGAUAAAGAAUUGGAAUUAGAAUUAUAUAGAUAUAUUGGUACUCUGAAUGAGAAUAAAACCGCAUCUGAUAGUGGAAGUAAAACCGCAUCUGAUAGUGGAAGUAAAACCGCAUCUGAUAGUGGAAGUAAAACCGCAUCUAAUAGUGGAAGUAAAACCGCAUCUAAUAGUGGAAGUAAAACCGCAUUUAAUAGUGGAAGUAAAACCGCAUCUAAUAGUGGAAGUAAAACCGAGCUUGCGUUUGAUGAAAAAGUCAAACCUAGUGAUACUGAAGAAAUAAAAACUGCAUCUAAAGAAUAUUUAAACAGAUUAAGUACCGAAGAUAAUAAUGAUGAUGAUGAAACAAAAGGUUCUUAUACUAAUGAGGAAGAUAACGCCCCUGCAUCUGAACCUUAUACCGAUGAAGAUAAAAAUUUAUUAUAA